AUGACAAAAACACUGCGAACGGCCGUUACUGCAACAUCAACGGGAUAUGAGUCCCGCCUCGCGCAGCAAUUCGGUGGCCACUUCGCCAACAGCUGGAUGGACUACCUCCCUGCGUUCUGGACGCCGUACAUCCAGCUCGCGCGGCUGCACCGCCCCCACGGGCUGAUUGUCGUCACCCUCUCCCACCUCUUUGGCGUCUUCCACGCUGCCUUUCUUCUGCACUCUCCCCUUCAGAAAACCCUAGGCGUCUCGGCCACUAUUAUUGUCGGCGCCCUCUUUGUGAACGGUGGCGCCCACGCUUGGAACGAUUUAAUUGACGCACCAAUCGACGCGCAGGUCGAACGCACCAAGACGCGGCCUAUCCCGCGCGGCGCUAUCAGCAAAAGAGCCGCUUUGAUCUUUGCUGCGGCUCAGGCGUUUCUGGCGGCGGUCUGCUUGCUCGCACUUCCGUCUCGCACCCGCGUGCUCGGCGUCAACAGCCUGGCUGUUUUCGUGCAGGGCUAUGCAAAGCUUGUUUUAUCAGUACUCGCGAUAGGUACAUCGACGCUGCUGUACAGUGUGGGCGUGUAUAGUGGUAUGGGGACGGCGUUUAACGGGAUUACGGUGGCGUGUUACUCGCUUUGUGUUGGUGUCAUUGUUGCACUACUAGAUCUAGAGGACAGGACUAGCUGUGGUAAGUGGUGUAUCUUUGGAUUUCGUUUUACGGGCAUUUCUAUUAUUAGCGGGUUACUUAUUACCUAUUUAAUCUCUCUAUAUUAG